AUGGCGGGAAUGCCGACCAUCUGCAUCGCCCUCGUUGUGGAGCGCCCUAAUUCCAGAGAUAUGAUGCCACUUGCCAUUCCAAGACUUCGAGUUGGGUCUCCGUACCCGCAACCCCGUUCCAACCUCAUUACUCCUAGUGGAUUCAGCAGCUUGUCUAGUAUCAUUUUAGGCAACUCAUUUCGAGACCUAUUCGCCUUCUCAACUCGCAACAUUGUCCUCGAGCCGAUCUUGCCCACCAGUAUCCUCUCGUAUGAUCCUGUGGCGUAUGGUGGGAAAGGUAAAUCUACGAAGCACAAGCCACAAGUCUCCAACAAUCCUCCCGGAAAACCACCGACUGCUCCAACGCUUGAAGCUAGACCAUCCCGCGCGGGUGGUUUCUUCCCAUGUCAAUUUUGCAGAUUGGUGAAGAAGCUAUGUUCUUCUUCAAGGAACGGAGAAGUGCCGUGCGAGCUCUGCCGCAUUCAGGGCAGAAGUGGGCUACGGUGUCUGGGACAACGGGAAGAUAUUCUACUUACUGAGGUAGAGGGAGGUACAACGAAUGACGAUGGUGAUAGAGCUGAUGAUGGGGAGGCUAAUGGGGUUGCUCCUGGUGACAAUGGAGAGGACCUGACAGCCACUUUCGAAGAAAUCGACUUGGCAACGGAGGAGACCACCCAGCCAGCUCAACAGAAUGAAGAAGCCGAACAAGUCACUGCCCAAGACGCUGCCGACCCUCUCACGAACGAAGCAGCCAGAGAUGCUCAAACCGUGGCUUCAGACGAGCAUAUCGAAGGCACGAACGAAGUCAUCGACGCUGCACAUCCAGAUCAGCCAGUUGAAGAACAAGAAACCAAUGCCCGCCGUCGACGUCGACGACCCAAGCGAAGCGGUCGAGCCUCAGCUGCUCAGCCCACUCCAAGCACGCCCUUAGGUCCAUGUGCAAUGUGUGUAAGAGAAUCAAAAGAUGGUGCCGCUUGCGCGUUCAUUUCAAUUGGGGGAAGCCCGCCUUGCGACCCUUGCGAUAGACGAGGUUACAGUGUGUAA